AACUCAUUACAGCUAAGGAGAUAUGGCAGAUGAGCGUCCCCGUGUUGACCAUCACAAGCCUCCAUUCUCAAGAGUGUUUGUAGUGUGCUCUCGUUCUCACACUGAGGAGGAUUUGAGGAGUGCCUUCGAGGAGUAUGGAGAGGUUGAAGAUGUUUGGGUUGUGAAGCGCAAGGACACUAAGGAGCCCAAAGGCAUUGCCUAUGUAAAGUUUACUAAAGCCUCUGAGGCAGCAUUAGCUAUGGAAAAGCUACAUGGAUCAACCAUCGGAGAUAACCCAAAACCUAUCAAGGCACUUCUGGCAGACACAAAAACGAACAGAGACAAAACCGCAGACCCCAUUUCUCAAUUAGCCAUGAGUGAUGACAAACAUCGAACUAGAAUAUUUAUACUUGUUUCUAAGACAAUGACUGAUUCUGAAUUGACUCUCGAGUUCUCUCAGUUUGGAAAAGUUGAUCACGUUCAGAUUCUCAAAGACAAAACCACGAUGGAGAAUAAGGGAUGCGCAUAUGUGAGGUUCUGCAAACCCUCAGAAGCUUUCAACGCCCUGGAAAACUGUGAUAAAACCUACAAAGCAGUCAUAGCAGAGCCGAGAGUUCCUAAAAACAUGAUGACUAACACCCAGGCAGACAACUCUAGUGGACCUUGUUAUGCUAGAGUUAUGUGUCCUGUUCCUACAGGUUACCGUGACAUGACUGAACCUGGAGCCACUACCAGACUGACAAUUACCUGUCAUACCAGCCUUACAGAACAACAACUUACUAGGCUAUUCGACAUUGUUCCCGGUUUAAAAAAUUUGGAUCUUGCCACGUCCUUGCACGGUCAAAGCAAAGGAAUGGCAUUUGCAACCUACAUGAGCAUAAGUUCUGCAAGUUACGCUCGCAACAAGCUCAACAACAUUGAGUAUCCUCCUGGAUUCAGACUUGGUGUUGGUUACAAGCAAGAACCAAGGAUGCAGCCUGCUUUCCAUCAACCAACGGCACAACCUGUGGAACAGGGCUACAAUCAAGGGUACAGUGUGAACUACGGUACGUCAGGAAUCUACGAUGGGAUGCAGCAGGUACAACAGCCCCAACAACAGCAGCCACAACAACAGGGAGUGUACGAUUACUCGGGAGGCUUCCAGACCGCCGCUCCCGCUAGCACUUGUCCUUACACAGAUGUAGCACUACCGCCCCACCAGCCUAUCUCAUCUACAACUCACUGCCGUGCUAAACUCUUCUUUGUUGCCGCUCCUCAGCCCAUCUCAGAGGACAUCCUGUCUGACAUCUUCUGCAGAUUCAGCGAACUUGUUGACAUUCAGAUCAUCCCAGGAACAGCUUACGGAUACAUAAGAUACGCGAUGAAAGAGUCUGCCAAUGCAGCGAAGAUGCUAUUGGACGGUGCAACUAUCGCUGGAAGCACGAUCAGGUUGUCAUUUGCGGAGGAUAAUGGCGAUUCCAAGCGAGCUAAAAUGGACCACUAGCUUUUCAGGCAGUUUGAAGCAAUGCGACGAGGAGAAGUGUUAGGAAGACGAUAACUGGGAUAAUUACUCCUCUCAAUCACCAACCAGUCACAACUCACACCUGUCCCUGCUCUGCAAUUAUAACGAUCAUGUUGAAAUCUAUUUAUUAGAAACUACACUUAAAUGGACCGUUGCUUGGAUGAACAUUUGCGAUUUUGCGUGCCAUUUUAUCUUCACAGAUAAAAUCUGUGUGCUGUGAUAAAAAAUUUCACAUUUCGCUUUAUGGCCUCACAAUUUUGGAAUUCCGGCACUGCAAUCUAGAUCCUUUUGCUCCAUUUAAAAAAAAUAUUUUUUGGAAGUUAAAAUUUCCAUAUAAUGUGAAACACUUUCGGAUCUGACUAAGAAGAGAAGUACGUGCGGUACGUACCUUUAAAAAUGGCUGUACGGCAAGUACCUUUAAACUGAACCAGAAGGUACAAAAGCCACAAUUUAGCAAAAUUUGUUAAAAAUUGUCUGCUGUUCUGAAAUUUUUACUCUGUUCUGAAAUAUUUAACUGCCAUGACGCUGGCAUGGCAGUCUACAGCAUUUGCUUAAUCACGAGAUUACGAAAUAAGCUAUUAGUUUUAUGCAGUAUUAUACGUUCGUCACCCAUAUUCCUUUGCUGCUGUGUCGACUUUCACAAUAUUUUGCCUAAUUCAGCAACUUGAAGUUGAAUAGAUAAAAUACAAAAUUAAAACGUUUCCCAUUUUGUACCUCAAGAGGAAAGGUACGGUUCGUACCUUUAGGAAAGGUUGUACCGUACGUACUUUAAGCCGGGUACCGUACGUACUUCUCAUCUUAGGUCCUUCGCAUUGAAAGAAUGUAUUUUAUAUUUGAAAUAUUAGAACACGACGUAGUAAUUUAUACAUAGACAGAUUUUAAAGAUAUUUAACGGUAGUGCAACUGCAAAUAUCAGUAUUUAUUUUUUUGCCCUCUAUUUUUCUUGAGAAAUCUGACCCGUGUAAUCGUCUAUUCCUUGAACAAUAGUCAAUAACUAUUACUAUUUACUUUUACUCAAUGA